AUGGACCGCUCCCACCACACGCCCCUCCCACGCACCAGCGGCUACCCCCAGCCCCAACAACCCCCGCCCACAGCGCGCCGCGGCCCGGGCCCCAUGCUUGCUUCGUCUGGAGGAAACCCACAUCAGAACUUAACGCAAGCCCAGAUUAACCAGCAGCACCAGCAGGCCAUGCAGGAGCGCGAGCUGGCGAAGCGCCGUGCGCGCAAGCCGACGGAUAAGACCAUCCCCGAGGGCGUCGAGGAGAUUGUGCCGGCGGUGGCCCUGUAUCGCCAGCUGAGGGAUAUGGAGAAGAGGUAUGAUGCGACGAUAUUGAGGAAGCGCCUGGAUGUGCAGGAUGCGGUGAAUCGCAAUGUCAAGAACUACAAAACCCUGCGCCUCUACAUCUCCAACACUGCCAAAGACCAGCCAUGGCAGAACUCGGACCGCCCCCUCGACGAGAACGCGUUCGACUUCGACACGGGCCAGAUCCCGACGUUCCGCGUGCGCAUCGAGGGCCGCCUCCUGCCCGACGCAGACGACGACGCCUCCGAGCUCGACCCGGACUCGGACCUCGGCCUCGGCGACCCCAAUAACCCGCUCCCGCCGCCGCCGCGUCGGAAGUUCUCGACGUUCUUCAAGAGCAUCAGUGUCGAGCUCGACCGAAACAAGGAUAUCCACCCCGAGGGCAACGCCAUUGAGUGGCGCAAGCCUGCGCCGAAUGCCCCGCAGGGGCCGGCAAGUAAUGGGCCGGCGGAGUUUGAUGGGUUUGAGUUUGAGCGCAAGGGCGAUGAGAAUGUGAAUUGUACGAUUAAGCUCGUGAGGGAUGAGGUGCCGGAUCGGUUUCGGCUGUCGCCGCAGUUGGCGGAGUUGCUGGAUACGAAGGAGGAUACAAGGGCGGGGAUUGUAAUGGGGAUUUGGGAGUAUGUGAGGAUUAAUGGGUUGCAGGACCCGGAUGAGCGGCGGACUAUCAAUUGUGAUGCUGCACUUAGAAACAUAUUCCAAGUCGACCGCCUCUACUUCCCCCAAAUCCCCGAACUAACCCUCUCGCACAUCCUCCCCCUCGAGCCCAUAACCCUCACGUACACCAUCCGCACCGACAGCGCCACGCACUUCUCGCCCACAGUCUACGACAUCACCGUCUCCAUCGACGAUCCCAUCCGCGCUAAAAUGGCGGCCCUGCUCAGUUCCCCAUCGUACUCGGCAUCGCUGCGCGAGAUUGCGCAAAUUGACGAACAGAUUGCGGUCCUGGUACAGGCGGUCAAUCAUUCUAAGGCGAAGCGCGACUUUUGGAAUGCACUCGCGAUGGACCCCGCGGGCUUUGUGAAGAGGUGGGUGGGCAGCCAGAAGAGGGAUUUGGAUACGUUGAGUGGGGAAACCGGGGGAGGCGUUGAGGAGGAGGAGAGUAGGAGGAAGGAGUUUUAUGAUAGGGUGGGCGAGAAUGUGUAUUUGUUGUUGGCGAGGGGGAAGAUGUAG